AUGGCAGCCAAUGUUUCUGAUCAGCAGAAGCUGAUGGAAAUCCUUCUGGAAACGGAACGCGUUGCCGAUCGUAUUCUGGCCUACAAGCAAGAGCUGGUGGAGCUAGACAAACGGCGUCAGGAUACGCGUGAAGCGCUUCGUUUGAUUGAGAAACACAUUCCCGAGACGCAGCAGCGAGUGUGGAUAACGAUCGGUCCGAUGUUGAUCAAACAGGACCGUCCAACCGCAGUUGAGAUGUUGCGCAAGGACCAACAGACGACCGAGGCAGAAAUUGAACGGAUACGAAUGGAGCAGAAGUUGAUGGUUGCGAAGCAACGUGAUCUCGAGCACGAUCAGCCUUUGCGUGGGUUCGAUUUGAAACCGCUUAGUAACGCAGAAAUCGCUGGGAUACGAUCGAAUUUACCAGGGUUUUGA